GUCGCCGACAACGAAUUUCGCGCCCGGCCUGCCAUCCUCACCCACCACGCCGCCUUUGUUGCACCCACACCCCGCAGCUGCGACGGAAACUCUGCGACAAAUACCCAACAUGGCCGACGCUGCGACAAACAUCGCCGAGCAAUACUCGCUCCUCCCCAAGCUUAUGCCCAACCUCGACCGUCACCUCGUCUACCCGCUCCUCAACUUCUCCAGCGAUGAAGAAGCCGACCAGACCCCGGAGCAGAAGAAACUCCUUCUCGAACUCCUCAAGCCCACAAACAUGACGGAUUUCGUCGGACAGCUACACCAGGAAGUCCACGGACUCGACGACAUGUCUGACGAGUUCAAGCAGAAGCGCGAGGCUGUACUGCAAAAGCGCGACCAGCUUGAGGAGGCCACUAGCAAGAUCAGCGGACUGCUCGACGACGAGAAUGUUGUUACGAACCUUAGGAGUGACAAGCAGCAGAACUUGGCUUACUUGAAGGAGAGCCAUGGCGUCGAGAUGGAGAUGGUCAACCAAUUGUUGGAGUUUGGUCAGUUCCAGUACUCAUGUGGUGUCUACCCACAUGCUGCUGAGCUGCUCUAUCGUUUCAGGGUUCUUACCACAGACGGUGACAAGGAGCGCGAAGCCACCUGGGGAAAGCUCGCCUGCGAGAUCCUUUCCGUCAACUGGGAUUCCGCCAUAGAGGAGAUCAACAAGCUCAAGGAGAUCAUCGACACACGCCUCUUCAACAACCCACUCGCACAACUCCAGCACCGCACCUGGUUGAUCCACUGGUCGCUGUUCCCCCUUUUCAACCACGAAACCUCGCGCGAAGCCCUCACCGACAUGUUCUUCUCGCCCGCCUACAUCAACACCAUCCAGACAAACUGCCCAUGGAUCCUGCGCUACCUGGCCGCCGCCGUCAUCACCGCCCGCAACCGUGGCAGGAACUCGAACCAGUACCAGAAGCAGCUCAAGGACCUGAUCAGGAUUGUACGGCAAGAGGGCUACGAGUACAGCGACCCAGUCACCGACUUCAUCAAGGCCCUGUACAUCGACUUUGACUUUGAGGAGGCACAGAAGAAGCUCAGCGAAACAGAGGAAAUUCUCAAGAACGACUUCUUCUUGUUGGGUGCAGCAGACCAAUUCGUCGACGCCGCGAGACAUCUCAUCUCGGAGAGCUACUGCAAGAUCCACCAGAGGAUCGACAUCAAGGAUCUCUCCACCCGCCUCGGCCUCUCGCAAGACGAGGGUGAGAAGUGGAUUGUUAACCUCAUCCGCGACACACGCGUAGACGCAAAGAUCGAUUACCAAGCCGGCACAGUCGUUAUGAACCACCCACCACAAUCCGUCUACCAACAAGUCAUCGAGCGGACAAAGGGCGGCUUCUUCAGGACUCAGGUCUUGAGUGCUGCCGUCGCGAAAUGA